CCGCCCGCCGGCGCUUCUCUUCCCCCCCCCCUCCCCGCCCGCCCCCCCCACUAUAAAUAGGGCGCCCCCCGCGCGCGCCCCCUCAGACCCCCCGCGCCCCCCGCGCCGUGAGGAGCCGCCGCCGACGCCGUCAUGGGGAGGAAGUCGAGCAGGGCCAAGGAGAAGAAGCAGCGGCGGCUGGAGGAGCGCGCGGCCAUGGCCGCCGUCUGCGCCAAGGUCGAGGCCGCCAACAAACUCCAAGACCCCCUGGAAGCCUUCCCGGUGUUCAAGAAGUACGAGCGCAAUGGUCUCAACGUGUCCAUCGAGUGCCGGCGCGUCUCCGGUCUGGAACCUUCCACCCUCGACUGGGCCUUCGAGCUGACCAAGGCCAACAUGCAGACGCUGUACGAGCAGAGCGAGUGGGGCUGGAAGGAGCGGGAGAAGCGGGAGGAGCUGCGGGAUGAACGGGCCUGGUACCUCCUGGCCCGGGACCCCGACACGGCCCCCGUGGCCUUCUCCCACUUCCGCUUCGACGUCGAGGCCGGGGACGAGGUGCUGUACUGUUACGAGGUGCAGCUGGAGAGCCGGGUGAGGAGGAGGGGGCUGGGCAAGUUCCUGCUCCAGAUCCUGCAGCUCGUGGCCAACAGCACGCAGAUGAAGAAGGUGAUGCUGACGGUGUUCAAGCACAACCUGGGCGCGUUCCAGUUCUUCCGGGAGGCCCUGCAGUGAGUGCUGCUGCCCCAAACCCGCCCCUUUUGCCCCCAAAAACGCCCC